UCCUGACUGUUCUAUGGAUGGUGUAUCUAGCAGCUGUAAUUGUAGCUGCUAUAAAUGUGUAUAUGUUAGGUACUGCUCUGCACUGCUGACUAUUCUAUGGCUGGUGUAUCUAGCAGCUGUAAUUGUAGCUGCUAUAAAUGAUACUGAAUUAGGGCAGCUGAUCUGGGGCUGCAUCUGGUGUGGAUUCUCUAUUAUUGUUUAUGGUUUAGCGACAUAUACAAUUCAUUUGGGCAAGAGUAAGAACCUGUUGAUCCCUGCUCUGUGUGUUUCCCUGUUCAACGUGUGUAUCGGCAUCAUCAACGGGGUCAUCAACUUCGUCGUUCUAAACAUUUUUGGUGCUGUUGUGUUGUUUUGUAUUGCAGCAUUGACCCUCUACUAUUUCCUGGGACUGCACUCUGUGUAUCAGAAAAUGACAGGCCCUCCUGCAGGGGAACCUAAAAUUAAACUUCCAAUGUAGAAAACAAGAACAGAUUUCCGGAGACUGCAUACUGCAUAGUGGAUAAGACUGAAGAUUUUUUAUAAGUUCUAAAAUUAUUGUUAUACACAUAUUUGUAAUUUUUUAAAUGAAUAAACUUACAGUACAGCUA